UCAGUUCAAGAUUGGGCAGCCAUUGACCCAAUCUUCGAAUCUGAGCUAGGCCCAAUCAUCGGCCUGCAUCCAACAGAAGCCACAUAACCUAACCUUGCUCGUUGAGCUUGAAUCCGAUUCGUUUGUUGUCAUUUGCAAUCUAAACUGCCCAGAGUGAACUGUGAGGAUGGUGAAAGUGACAACGUAUUUUGCGAUGUCAUUUGGGGCCUUUCUAUUCUGGCAAUCAAUGGACAAAGUCCACGUCUGGAUUGCUCUUCACCAGGACGAGAAGAAAGAAAGACUUGAAAAGGAGAUGGAGAUCAGGAGGGUCAGAGAAGAGCUAUUGCAGCAAGCUAAAGAGAAGGAUUCACUAGCAUGAACAGCUGCUUAUUUGGUCAAAUUUCUAUUUCCCUUGUUUCCGUAAAGUUCUGUUAGCCAUUGGAGCUUCUUUUUACAAAACAUGGUAACUGAAAAUAAUUGAAUUGGCAAAUUAGUUUGCUUAUAUCAAGAAACGGUUUUUUUCCCUUGUUGCUGAUCUAUCAAAAACAAUUGAUUAUUGUUCUAACA